AUGCUGCAAAGCUCCAUCCCGCUGCGAGCUGAGUUUGUUCAAGCCUACUUUGGCGCCUACCUCAUCAGCUAUGUGCGUCCACAGCGGCCGUGGUCCACCGAGCUGAUCCCUUUGGACAUCCCGCCUUCAGUGCAGGCUGGUUACCUGGAGGUGUUAGAUGAGUGCCGCGGUCGGGGCGCACAGAACUUCGUGAAGGUUCUUGGACGGAUGCGGCGGCUGCUCAGCACUUCGCUGCAGCAAGAUCCCCGACCCUUGGCAGAGGCCAUGUGGAGUGCUGUGCGCCAGCUUCGUGCCCAAGGGCGCCGGCCCCUGGUCUUCGCCUCCACGGAACGGGAGGCGGAGGCCUUGGCACGGCUCAUCGCCUGCGCCCGGCGCUUCCGCAAAAGCCACCCUGCCCACUGCAAGGGAUGCGACCUGUGCCGUAACUUCAACAAGCCGCUUGGUUUCAGUUGCGAGAAGAUGCCGCCGAUUGAAGGCUCCGAAUCGGAGCAGGAGCUCCUGAUCUUCACAGUGGGCGCUGACUCUGCAGGAUUGAACCUGCAGUCCUUGGGCGAUGCAUUGGUGCUGCGCAGCCUGGCCACCAACAAACAGCAGGUUGCAGAGAUGAGCAGGCUGGCAGGGCUGAUCAGCAAGAUGAAGGCUAAGAGGCACCUGUACCAGUUGAUGCUGGACUGGGAGAAGUUGACCGAUGACACGAUCACCUUCAAAGAUGUCAUGGCUGAGCAGAAUGCCUUGCUGAACACCAUUCGGCCAGAGUUGAAGAAGGUGCAGUUCAACCCAGAUGCACCAUCAGAUGAGCUUGUGCAGAAAGCUGCUCCAUGGUCCAUAGCUGUGGCAGAGUGGGAGUCCACCAUUGAGAAGUUGGAGGUGUGGCUCAAGAUGGCAGAUGGACAAGCUGGACAAAAGAAGCUGGCAGAGGACUGCACAGUUGUGUACUUCAGCAUGAAGAUGUCAGAGCUGCAGAAGUUGCUCAUCAUGACUUGGAAAGAGCUGAAGCAGCAAAAGAAGCUGCCACCCAAGGUGGAGCUGAGGACAGCAAAGGUGAAGGAAGGUGGUGCAGAGUUCAUGGCAGAGUGGGACUUGAUAGUUCGGGCAGCGUGCUUCAAGAUCAAAGCUUAUGUCUGGGAGCAGAGGUUCAUGCGAGAGCUGUUCCAGCAAGAGAUCGAUGAAAAGGAGCUCCAGCUGGAGGAAGAGAGUUUGAAGAACACCAUCAGGACUUGGAGGAAGCUGAAGAUGAAGCUGAAGAUGAAGCUGAAGCAGAAGGUGGAGCUGAGGACUUGGAAAGAGCUGAAGCUGCAAAAGAAGCUGCCACUCAAGGUAAAGCUGAGGAACAAGCUGGCAAAGAUGUCAAAGCGAGAAGCCAUGGCAGACAUAGUUCCAGUUGCACAAGCAAAGGCCAAGGCAAAGGGGAAGCUCAAGCCUUCAGCAAAGUUGAAGCCCUCUGUGGUCCUCAAAGCUUCUUGCAAAGCAAAGCCAAGUGUGAAGGAGAAAGGUAGCCUUGUAAAGAAAGAGUUAGCCAAGAACAGCAAGAAAAGCGCCAAGGACAAAGCUUUGCUGCUAGCCUUGAAAGAUGAUAAAAAAGCAGAAGCUGUGAAGCAGGCAGAGGCUGCAAAGGCUGCAGCAGAGCCAGUUGAGGACCUGCAGUUGCAUUUCAAGAAAGGAGAGGAGUUGAGAGUUGUGAAGGAAGAAGCAGGUGCCUUGCAGUAUGGCAACGACGGCAGCUUUCAAAAUGCACAUCCAGAUGGCAAAGCUUCAAUCUUCACAGAUCAUGGUGUGUUGAGUUGCCAGCUGCAGCACUUGGAGUUGAACGGCAGUUCCUGGAAGAAGGCAGCUGUGUGGAAGCAGUUCACACAGCUUGGCAGGUUGAAAAAGCAGGAGUUCCUGCAGCUUUCAGAGUUGAAGCAGAAGCAGUUGUGCCACAGCCAUGAGUUUUUGGAGAGCUGCCAGCUUGUGGAUGCAGAGUGCACCUACAAGAUUGACAAAGAAGAAAGGUGGAAAGAAGAGAUUCAGAAGCUGGCAAGCAACAAGAUGCACAUUUUUGUGCCAGUUCUGGGCAGCCCAGCUCACUGGGCCUUGCUAGUUGGCCACAGGUGCAACAGCUGCAGGCAAACAGCCUCAGAAAGUGGCCAGCUAGUUCUGUCUUACAUUGAGGCAGAGCUGGCAGAGCUAGCUUCAGAAGGCCCAGCUUCCAGAGGCUGGCCAGGUGUGCUGGCCCAGAGCUGGGACAAGAGGUUGGAAGCACUGUACAAGCAGUUGCAGCUAGAAGUUGAGAAAGUUCAUGCAGAAGUGGCCAAAGCAAAAGAAAAGGAAAAGAAGCUUGAAGAGCAGCAGGAGCAAAGAAGAAUGAAAGCCUUGGAGAUGCUUGCCAAGGCAAAAGAUCAGAACUCCAAGACAGCUCAAGCAGCAAAGGCAGCUUUUGAGCAGAACUCACAGUAUUUCACCCACAAAGAUUUGAGCCCAGAUGCCAGCAUAUCCGCGUAUCAAGACCAUUUCCACAUUGACAUGUUGGCGGACUUAAUGAUCUUCAUGGUUGAAGUGUAUGAAGUGCUUCCGGUUGAGGAUGUGGGCGAGAGGUACGAGCAACUGCUGAAAGGCGAGCAGAGUGAGCUCAAGGCCACGCCAGAGGAGGUCCAACAGCUGGCAGCCGCUUGCUGCACAGAGGCAGUCAUCGACUUGGAGAUGCCGGCGCAACUGCCUGUCUUGCCAAAGGCUAUGACUCGGCAGAGCGUGCAGAUGGGCGUAGGCUACCUCAUCCAGAACGACGAGAGGUUCAGGCAUGUGGUGCAGUUGAUCGGCCCGCCGACGGGAAUCUUGGAGCUGCUGGGCAAGGGGAGGCCGGAUCCCUUCACGACUUUGGUGCAGACGGUUUGCCACCAGCAGCUCAGCGUCAAGGUUUGCCAGGCCAUGUUCCAGCGACUCCUCGGCCUUUGCGGCAACCGGGACACCAAAGUGCUGCACCCGCAGCGUGUGCUAGCGGAGUCCGCAGAUAAGAUCAGAGAAGUGGCCAAGUUGUCCUACCGAAAGAUUGAAUACAUCCAGAAAAUUGCGGAGCGAUUUCAAGAUGGCACGUUUGACUCCGAGGUGUUUGAACAGGCCUCAGAUGAUGAAUUGCGCUCGCGGCUUACACAACUGCCUGGAAUUGGGGAAUGGACACUGGAGAUGUUUCUUAUCUUCCAGCUACAUCGACAUGGAGGUAUUCCAUACGGCGAUGUCGCCAUCCAGAGUGCCAUGAAGAUGAUCUACAACAUUGCCCCUCCUGCAGACGUGACUGCCAAGAACGAGGUUUCUUGGAUGCCGAGCCGAGCGCAAAUGGAAGCCUUCGCGAAGCGGUGGGGCCCAUUCGGAAGCAUUGCUUCGCUCUAUUUGCUGCGCGUGGCUGACAACGUUAAUGCGGUUUUCUUGCCAGACUGA